UUACACGUUUUCCAGCACUUGAAUGGAAGAGCGAACGUUUACCCUCACUGCCGCAAUCGGGAACAAUUUUUUAUUAUGGCACUUGCGCGGCUCACAAACAAUAUUCGUUGAUUAAAAUUCAUUGGAAAUUAUUGCCGAAAGUCGAAGACUCCGCCAAUUGAAGUGUACGCUUAAAACGAUCGCCGUGCAGGAAGCGGAAGUGUCCCAAUAACAGCUAUUUUUCCCGCCGCUUUCUCCCCCAUCACCCCACCCCACAAGCGACGCCGAUAGAAACAUUUAAUUUGUGCAAAUAGCCGAAACCCACACGGUCGGCCAUCAAAUAUUAUGAAAUGGCAUCAGCUUUGAAUAACUUGCCCAGUGUUAUCUGAAGGUGUGUUAAUGCAUGCGAGAUACAUCAUAGGUGCAAUAGGUAUAAUCCUGUAAAGGUAGAUUGAAUUAUUAUUCCAAAACCCCUGCAUUCGAUCAGGAGCAUUGAUCCCCCGAAUCAGAGCUUAAGACCACUCAUCCAGGUGGAACUUGUUGCUUGAGGCUUGGUUGUAGGUCAGUGCGAAGAGGUGGCUGAUCCGGCGACGAAAGGUGCGCACCAGGCGACGUCCGGCGACGAUACAAUGCCCUCGGCCAUCAGUGGCGCGCCACAUGCCCACAUACCCAGCAACGAGGAGUGCGGCAUCCGCGAUGUGUGGAAGCAAAACCUGGAGGAGGAGUUCCGCACCAUACGGAAAGUGGUGCAGAAAUACCACUAUGUGGCCAUGGACACCGAGUUUCCGGGCGUGGUAGCACGUCCAGUCGGCGAGUUCCGCUCCACGGCGGACUAUCAUUACCAGCUGCUGCGCUGCAAUGUCGAUCUGCUGCGGAUCAUCCAAUUGGGCCUCACCUUCAUGGACGACGAUGGAAAGACACCACCCGGCUACUCCACCUGGCAGUUUAACUUCAAGUUUAAUCUAAGCGAGGACAUGUAUGCGCAGGACUCGAUCGAUCUGCUGCAGAACUCCGGAAUUCAGUUCAAGAAGCACGAGGAGGAUGGCAUCGAUCCCAUCGACUUCGCCGAACUGCUGAUGAGCUCCGGCAUCGUGCUUGUGGAAAACAUCAAGUGGCUGUGCUUCCACUCCGGCUACGAUUUUGGCUACCUUCUAAAGCUGCUCACCGAUCAGAACCUGCCCCCGGACGAAUCUGAAUUUUUCGAUCUGCUGCACAUCUACUUUCCCAACAUCUUCGACAUCAAGUAUCUGAUGAAGUCGUGCAAGAACCUGAAGGGCGGCCUGCAGGAGGUGGCCGAUCAGUUGGAACUGCGGCGCGUGGGCCCCCAGCAUCAGGCCGGCUCGGAUGCUCUGCUGACGGGCAUGGCCUUCUUCAAAAUGCGUGAGGUACAGCACACAAAUGAUUUGCACACUAAACCAGUGGCGCACGAUGUACUCUUUCGCUAUCUGCUUGUGCACACCAUGAACUUAAAGCCGACGAUCAGCUGUAUCCAUAAGCUGAGCCGUCCGGCAAACAAUGGGGGCCCUGCCCCCGACGAAUCUGCUAUAAUCAGCAGUGGCAACGGCACUGGCAACACCAACUCCUCCGAGCAGCUCACCUCGAGCGCCUACAUGGUUACACCUCCCAAUACGCCCGGCAUGGCCAAGAGCGAUGCCGCAUCGCUGUCCAAUCGCCAUGCGUCUAUUUGGAAUAGCUUCGGAUAAUUUGACUGCUCGAACGAUGGUGUUGCCGUGCACUUGCCACUGCUAACGUAACUUGCCUCCGCCCAUCAUAAUCAUUAUUCCUUAGGUUUAAGGUAUUUCAUGGUUGUCACAACGCAUUUUCAUACAUAACUCAUCUAUGUACUUAGUUAUUGUGCACAAUUUGCAGAGCCAGUGACCCAGAAUUUAUGAAUGAAAUCCAUAAUUUGAAGUGUU